CUUCGCCAACUUUAAUGAGAGUUUGUCUCCUUCCUUAUGACAUCUCUCAUUUUACGGGCCCGAGCAAGGGACUGCUUCCAUAUAAGCGACCCCUUCCAGGCGUUGCUUCUCUGCCGACAGCAGCCAUGCUGUCGGAGAAGCAAGUUGCGAUAAUCGGAGCUGGAGUCAGCGGACUCCUUGCCUGCAAGCACCUACUGGAGGCAGGUUUUGAUCCUGUUGUCUUCGAGUCCCACGGACGUACUGGUGGUGUCUGGGUAAAAGGCGCCAUCGAGUCCACCAGGCUCCAAACUCCUAAGAGCUUCUACCAGUUCUCUGAUUUUCCGUGGCCUCAGUCCAUGGUGGAGGAGUUCCCAGACCAUCGCCGGGUGGUGGAGUACCUCGACGCGUAUGUUGAGGAGUUUGGCUUGCUGCCGAGAAUCAGAUUCAACAGGAGGGUGACGGAGAUUGGCUUCGCCGGGAACGAAGGCAAGGCGGCUGAUUGGAAGGAGUGGGGAGGAACUGGUGAGGCGUUCUCGCUGCACGGGAAGUGGAAACUCACUGUGGAGGACUCACUGGACUCAGGACCCGCCCCUGAGGUUUACCGAGCGGAUUUCGUGAUACUCUGCAUCGGGAUGUUCAGCGACCUACCAAGAACACCCGCUUUCCCAGUAAAUGAAGGGCCAGAAGUGUUUGAUGGCAAGGUCCUUCAUUCCAUGGAUUAUGCAAUGAUGGAAUGGGACCAUGCAGUGGAACUGGUCAGGGGUAAGAGAGUUGUCGUGGUAGGGUUCCAGAAAUCAUCACUCGAUAUCGCUGCAGAAGUUUCUAAGAGGAAUGAUAAGAGGUACCCCUGCACGCUACUGUUUAGGGAGGCCCACUGGGCACUUCCCGACUACUUGAUCAAGUACAUUUCCAGAAACCUUAACCGAUUCAUGGAAUGCAUGAUUCACAAGCCAGGUGAAGGGCUAUUCCUGUGUCUCUUGGCUUCACUUCUCUCGCCAUUGAUGUGGAUUUUCUCUAAGUUGAUGGAGAGCUACCUCAGGUGGAAAUAUCCAUUGAAGAGAUACGGGACAGUCCCGGAGCACAGCCUCAACAUGCAAUUCCAAGCAUGCAUGACCCCAACUCUGCCCCCUCAAUUCUAUGAUGUCGUUGAAGAAGGAAGCCUCAUCUUAAAGAAGUUAAGGAGCUUUAGCUUCUGCAAGAACGGCGUGAUCAUUGACGGAGACGCAAGCAAGGUUGUCAUGGCAGAUGUUGUUAUCCUUGCAACCGGCUUCAAGAGUGACGAAAAGCUCAAGAGCAUCUUCGCAUCAUUGUACUUUAGGAAAUGCAUGGCUGGGUCAUCAGCUCCUCUUUAUAGGGAAUGCAUACAUCCUAGGAUCCCUCAAGUGGCGAUUCUCGGGUACAUGAACAGCUUCUCAGUUCUCCACGCGACCGAGAUGCGAAGCAAGUGGCUUGCACAUUUCCUCAUGGGCGCCUUCAAGCUUCCAGGCAUAAGGGAGAUGGAAGCAGAUGUAACGGAGUGGGAAAGAUGCGCGAGAAGCUACUCCAAGGAGAGGUACAAAAGGUACCAAGUAAGUGCCCUUCUGCAGAUCUACUGCAACGAUAUUCUCUGCAGGGACAUGGGAUGCAACCCACGAAGGAAGCGAUCACUCCUAGCAGAGCUGUUUGCUCCUUAUGGACCUGCAGAUUAUCGAGGCCUGGCUCCUCCCUACCUUCAGAAACCGUGAACCUUCGACGCAUAGCACGACAAGGUUAUUGUGUGCUGUAUCAGCACCAUUUCAAGGCUUUAAACAUUGCACAGAGUACUUCUGGACCGCAUCUUAAUCCUUGACUGGGUUGGUUUCGAGUCAUCUCAUCUUUUUAUGCUCGCACCAAGGACGCACAAAUUUUCUACUUCUAACAUACUGGAUGUGGUACACAUCGCUACCAAUCAAUAAUAGACUAUCUUACUCGA